CCUUCCUCGACGAAGGCUUCCUAUUGGAUAAGAAGAUAGGCGUUCAUCAGCCGAAGCGCAUAGAAAAGGCCCGAAUACUGAUCGCCAACACUCCUAUGGACACCGAUAAGAUCAAAGUGUUUGGCGCCAAAGUGAAAGUGGACUCAAUUGCAAAAGUGGCCGAAAUAGAGUUGGCCGAGAAGGAGAAGAUGAAGGACAAAGUGGACCUCAUUCUCAAGCAUAACAUCAAUGUGUUUAUCAACCGACAGCUGAUCUACAACUAUCCGGAACAGCUGUUCUCGGACGCGGGUGUGAUGGCCAUCGAACACGCGGACUUUGACGGCAUUGAACGCUUAGCGCUCGUCACCGGCGGUGAGAUUGUCUCCACGUUUGGUAAUCCCGAAAAAGUGCGUUUAGGUCAAUGCGAUCUCAUCGAAGAGAUUAUGAUCGGUGAGGACAAGCUGUUGAAGUUCUCGGGCGUACCGCUGGGCGAGGCGUGUACUAUAGUGUUGAGAGGGGCCACACAGCAGAUCCUGGACGAGGCCGAGCGCUCCCUUCACGACGCC